AUGUUUAUGAAUGAACAGAGAAUUUCUGCAAGGUUGACUCUGUAUGGAUGUUGUAGCACAUAAUUUCCUACUAGUAGACUCCUUAAUUCUCGUUGCUAUUAAGAAUGAUGCUGCUGUUUUCAGAUGUCGGUGAACUUAAAGAGUACGCGCUGCAUUAUGAUAAGACUGGCAGAUCAAAGGGAACUGCAGAGGUGGUUUUCACACAUCGCUCUGAUGCUUUAGCUGCUAUGAAGAGAUACAACUACCUACAGCUUGACGGGAGACCAAUGAAAAUUGAGGUGAAGUUUGUGACUCAUCCAGUGCCUGCAAUAUUGCCUGAUUUUGCACCAGAAAAUCCGCGAGGAACUUUCCAGAGCAGACUAGGAGUUGCAGCAGAUGGAAGGGGUCAUAAUAGUAGGAGAGGCGGCCACAUGAUUGGACGGCGGGGAGGUUUUAUCGAUAGAAGCCAUCAUAAACCUGUCUCAGCCGAAGAUCUUGAUGCUGAUUUAGACAAGUAUCAUUCUGAUGCUAUGCACAUUAAGUAAUAUCUUUUAUCCUUUUAGUCCUAUGGUUCUCUGUUAUGCCAUGUUCAACUUGAGCCAUCUCCAAGAACAAAAGUGCCUUUUGGCGUAGAUGGAGAAAUCAUUGACACCAUAUAGAUUGUAGUAGGGUACAUAGAUAGCUAAAUACCCAUUGCUAACUUAGCUCACUUUGUUUGGAUCGUAAUCUGGAUAUACGUUUCAUCAGUACUAGUGCAUCGUUGUGGCGAGAGGAUUUAACAUUGUUCAAUUUAUUGUGAUUCCACAAGAUUUUUCUUGCAUUACACAGUGUUCCCUCCAGAUUCUUUAAUCGUGUGCUUAGUCUGCACCGCUUGUCUUUCUUUUUUUUGGUUGAAAAGAUAAUAUAUAAUACUAAGGUUGAUUGUUACAAGGAGAAGAAGGCGACAUACACAGUGGCCUAGCGGAGCGACCUCGUGGUGGGUCGUGACAAAAAGGGGAUGUACUAGGGACAUCCGUUUCCGGGGUGGGGAUACAAAAGUCUGCGCCGCUUGUCAAGUUAGUGCUA